GCAAACGUCCUCUCUUCGGUCCGAGCCUGUCUAGCCCUCGGCCGCCCCCACCCCCGCGGCCGGUGCAAGGUGCCGCAUCAUUCACCUCAGCCGACGUUUCAAAGCCUGGUGGAUCCCCCCGGCCAGGAGUUUCUGCAAUAAGUGGCGGGGCUGAGCUCUGGUGCGGCCGGGGCCGGGGCCUGUCUGGUGCGGAGCCCGCGCUGACCCGGCCUGGAGCUUUCCGCCGGAGACCGAGGGGGGCUGCCUGCCACGCGGCCUCCCGCACUCACCUGUGCCGCUUCCCCUCUUCCUUGCGGCUCGGCCGGCGCACGCGAGCUGAUCGGGCCCCGGAAGACUCACCAGCACGGCCGACGAACAGGCUGGGCAGAGCGGGUAGCAAGAGCAGGAUCGAGCCGGCGGCUGGAGUCGGCGGAGAGCUGCAGGGAGCAGCCGGUACCCGGAGAGCCCGGGACGCGGGUAGGGAAGGAGCCCUGGUGCUGGGAGCCUGGGUGAGAGAGAAGAAAUGGUGCCACUGCCGCAACGAGCUGCGUGGCAGAAAUCGCCUACUUGACAGUGCUCUUAAGUCCGCUCUGCAGCCCUUGUUUUCUACCCAGUCUAGCAACCUCAAGUGUGACAGCCCCGGCAUGUACCUCUGAUCCACCAGUCAGAGCACUGUGCACCUGCCCACUGCCCCGUCCACAGACAACGGGAACCGGGAGCUAGUAAAAGAUGCGUCCGUCCUCGCCCUCAACCCCGGCAGCAAGCCGCGCGGCGGGUGCAGAGAGGAGCUAGUCUGGCCGAGGGAAGGCUGCUGCUUGCCUGGUUGCCUGCACGUCCCCCGGGGACACGCGCGCUGGCCCCAUCAUGACAGAGCCCGGUCCAUGCAGCCCGGCAGCGCCUGGUGGGGGAGAAGGCAGCUCCUUCCCAACCCUGAGGCAGAGCUGUCCUUGAAAGAGUUAAGGCAGGGCCCCUCCCCUUUGAAUGCAUAAACCUCACUCCUGACCUUCCCAGCAGCCCUUGCUGGCUCUCCCCCAACCAAACAAAGAGGGCAGGAGCUUUUCAAACAGGAGCUUUCCACAAAGUUUGGUAGUGCUGGGAGGACAGCAGAGUAUGCUGAAGAACUGGUCUGCUCCCAGGUCUGUGCUGUCAAAGCCUGGCUGGAGAGAGCAGCAGCACCAGCACUAGCACUGGUUUAAUGCCUUCCUCCAAAAGGAUUGUGGUGAUCUCUCCUGGUUUGCUGCAUGUAGACACUUCAGGGGUGAAGGACUGUGAAGUUCCUGAAGCAGUGAAGAUUUUGGAACUGGGGACCAUGAAGCGGCUUCCAUAGCUUGCUUGUUGCAUCUCUUGUGACUUGAAGGGAAGGGGUCACAGAACUGCACAGUGGACUGCACAGUGGACCUGCCUCUCUCUUAUGACAUCCACCUGAGUGACCCUGAUAUAUCUUUGCUUUCAGGAAUCCUGCCGCAUUCCAGUGGUGGCACCGAGACUGACUAGAAUCUGAUGACAAAGGAUACUGAACCAGGCACUAUGGGUUCCUAUCCGUCUGCUUGUCUAACUCAGUGCACAAAUAUACCAGUGACAAUCAUGAACAGUUAUAGAAGUCUUGACUAGAACUGGAUUUACAGAACCAGCUAGUUACAGGCAGGUUGUUGUGCUCAACAGCCAAAAUCUGAAUCUAGCCAUCCCACUGCUAAUAAGUUAACAAUCCUCCAGCCCCCUGCCCCUCAAAAAGGAGGGAAUCAUAUAAUUGACACCAAAGAGAUAGCAAAAGUGCCCUAUCCAACAUGUUGGGCCAGGGUGCUUUGGCAGAUUGCACUAUUUAAUAUCCUGUGGCAGUAGGGGCCAUUCUUAACAGUGCCUGGAGCCCUGGUAAACAGCAUAAUACAUUUUAGGGUGUUCCUUUCUUCUGUAUAUUUCAGCUGCUCCUCCUCAAAUAAGAGGCAAAAGACAGCCACCCCACUCUGCCCAGGGGUCUUGAACUUCCCCCUCACUCCCCUUGUUAUUCUUUUCUCUUUCUAUCCACCCAAUGGCUGAAGAUAGCCAGAUGAGACAUGUCACAGGUGGGAUUUAGCCUGCUCUUAUCCUAUUUUGUGUUCACUGCACCAGGAUGGAUAGACUGUAAAUCCCUUUCCACAGGGCAGCAAGUGAAUCUUUUCCUACAUCAAGGCAAGACCUUGAUUGCAGUGCCUCUUUCUUCCCUGAUGCCUGAAGCUAGUACCUCCUUCCUUGUUCCCAAGAGGUUUAGUUAGAAGCCUAAUUGCACGCAGGAUCCCUAGGUUUGGAGCUGUGGUUAUCUCUGGCAGGGGCUAUAGUUAUUAUUGGCAGCCUGGGGCCAGGUUACUAGCAGAGACUGAACAUCUUCACUGGAAGGGUACAAUGUAGCUGUUGGGGUUGGAGAUUUUUUCCCUGCAGAUAUUACUUCUGUGGCUGCUUGCCAAGUGCCCCUCUCCUCCACUGCUGCUGUGACAGCAGGAAUAUCACAUUGGUCCAUGAGGGAGGAACGUGGCCCUGCCAGCUGUCCUUGCUAAGGAUGUAGCUGCAGAACACUAGACUAAAGGGUAGCUCGAGAGAGUAAAAGGCCAGCAUCCCUUGUCCUGCCAGGUGCCUGGGUGCACAAUGGGCCGCUUGGAUGACCACGCCAAGAAGCGGAUUGUAGAGCUGCGCAAAGCUGGGCUGAGCUUCCGCAAAAUCAAAAAGGUCCUGGAGCUGGACAACAUCCGGGUGACCCCCCAGGCUGUCUACCUGUUCCUGAAGCGAAAGAAUGUGGAGCCUGCCCAGUCCCCAACUGCCUCCCAUUCCCAGCCAGCCACAGGCCGGGGGAACAGGACAACAACCAUCAAUGGAUCUGGCUGGGAGGACGAACAGCUCUGGAACUUGCUGCAGGAAAAUGAGACUGAACAGAGCAAGCAGCUGGAGCCCAUGGGCAGCAGGCAGUCAAGUCCCAGGUCCCCAGUGCCCCCUGGAGGAACUGUUGUGAGCUGUGAGAGGCUCUCCAUCCAUGACAACCAGGACAGCAAGGAAGGCAUCAAAAUUGUCAGUGUGACUUCACUGUGCAAGGACAGUGGGCAGUUUGGGAAUGUGUCUGCUGCACCAAUGGGCCCCUCUCCAGGGCCACAGCUGACCCCCAGUAACAGUGAUGACUGCUCUGUGACUCAUCCCUCUCCUUUGAGCAGCCGCUCAGCUCUGCUUCCACCAGCAUCCUCCCAGCACCAGUUGAACAACAGGGGGAAAAUAUUUCUGUCCCCUGCCAGGAACCCAGCCUUAAUUGUGAAGAAGAAGAUUGUAGAUAGAGCCAUCCACCUCCAGAAAAAGGUGAACAUUCAGAAUGGGCAGAAUCCAUCUGGCUCUACAAGCGCCCUGCCUUUUGUGGUAGGAGUGCAGCCAGGUAGCCAGCCUCCCAGGAUGAACCCAGCUACCAUGGCAGCUUCCACAAGCCACCACACACAGGUCAAAGAUGCCGGCACUCAAACUGUCCCGCUCAGUGGUGCCAGUCCUCUGGGCAGUCAGAACUCUGUGUGGGGAGGGCAGAUGCUUGCCGUCUCCCAGAACCCUCUUGCCAUUGUCGAGAAGCUGGAUGCACUACAUUCAGAGAUCCAUAAACUGACUCAUACCAUGCAGGCUGUGCUAGAGAGGCAGUGCAGCAUGGAGCGCCAGCAGGAGCAGCAGCAGCGUUUCCAGCAAGAAGUGCUUAUGACACUUCAGCAGCUCAGCUCCACAGUCAGCCAUGGGGCAGUGCCAGGAAACCAGCCCUGUGUUCCUUUCAGCAGCAUGGCAGAUCCCUCACCCACUGUACCAAACUUCAGCCAGUUCAAGAUGGAGAUCAUCUAAUGCAAGGUAAAGGCCAACAGGUCUCAGUGGAUCUAGGAAGGAGAGUGGGAGCAGGGACCAACUAGCAGAAGAUCCUAAGGGACAUGGGCAUUCUCACUGCAGACUGCUCCUGACACUCUUCCUGCAAAGGUAGAAUGCUGGGCGGCCAGUACUACCUUGAAGCUUCAUCUGCUCUGAUCUAGUUAAUCAGGAGCUGCUACCUGCUAGAAGAGGCACAUGCUGAUGGGAAGCUGUAACCAGCUUGUUUUAAAAGAAAGCCUUAAUUCUACUCCUCUGUGCACCAAGUGAGUGCUGGCUUAGCCAGGAACUUACAGGGUCAGUUGCUGGGGUGUUCCAGCUCCAGUGCAGCAAAAACACAAUUAGGCUGUAGGCUGCAUGCUCUCCUUUGCUCAGAGGAAACAUCUCUUAAUGUUUACACUCUUGGGGGAAUGAGCACCUGGAAAACCAGCCUGGGAGGACACUUCAUGCUUUUUCCUCUUAUGAAUCUCAGUAAAGUCUAUAUGUGCUCUGGAACGUCCUGAACACUGUUUCUGGGUAGGUUAAUUUGCACCACCAUCUCAUCUAUAGAGAAGUGCUUAUAUUGAAGUGCUGCUGAAUUUCCGCACCCCCACCCCAGUACUGCUCAUGGAUGCCAGGGACUCAGCCCCAGCCUUCAGCUAUCCCUGCUUACUUUGUUCUGUCAUGGCAACUAACUUCUCAGCUUAACACUGUCUGUUGCAAUAAUUCUGGUCCUCUUUGGAUGUGUCUACAUAUACAUUUGCAGUGCCUGAAUAAACCAUGGAGCUUA